AUGCUGCGACUGGCUUAUGCUAUAGUCCUCGUGUCGGCUUUGGUUGGCGGCGUUUACAGUGAAGUAAUCGUAUACCCAGAGCACUACGCGCAAACAAAGCAAUCCGGCCGAUAUAAUGACAACUCAACAUGUCUGACACUCACCCCAUCCAAUCCAAUCGCGACGUUGGAUUACUCGACUGAAAUCGGCGGGUUUCCAUUCUUCCAUGCAGAGACCUCAGGCACGGUCCAGGUGGAGUCCAAAUACUCCGAGGCAAAGGAAGGUCUCGAUGCCCCGUUCGGCGACGGGCCGUGGACAUUUUCAAAUGGUCUUGCGAAUACAUUUCGCGUCGAGACGUUUAAUAUCAGCGAGCCAGGCCGAGUUGAAUCGUUCUUCCAACAGGGUGGACUGCGCUGGCAGAGACUGCGUCUGCUAAGUGAUCGGAAUGUCACGAUCUGUGGGGUUGGGAUACGCUCUUUCAAUGAUAGGACGGAUGUGACCGAGCUGCCUGGAUACUUUGAAUGCUCGAAUCCGCUGUAUAAUGAGAUCUGGAAGCUGGGUGCGCGAACCGUCCAGCAGGCAUGUAUAGAGAAAGGAACCGCGCCGACGACUUGGGAACUCACACCAGACGGAGUACUACUGCGAGGGCAGCAAUCCGCACAGUCUGCACUCGGGGCAGAAUUCGCAAACUAUACCAUGUCCUUCAGGACGAAGAUAGUGCGUGGUGGAACCGGGUGGAGGGUUGCCUCGUCCCCCGCUUCAUUUGGUCCUUCGUUUCUUCUUACCAGCGAGUAUCCUGAGAAUUCGACGUUCUUGAAUACGAAUCGCACUCUUGUGCCUGCUAAUACGCUCGCCGUUGGAUAUGGCUGGAACUUGGUCAAUCAGACCUCUUUGCCCACUGGCAAGGUUUCUUACUUUCCUCUCGACUUUAAUGUUACGGAAGGGCAGUGGAUUGAUAUCUCGACCAGGAUUUCUCCUGAGGGCUAUAUCGUGACAAUCAAUGACCGCCACCCUGUAACCGUACGUCUAAAUGACCUGCAACUAGUGUCCAACGAGCGGUUCUCCUCUGGCAGCGUGUACUCAGGGACAUGGGGUUUCGGACCGUGGCAAGACCAAAUCGCCUACGUCAAAGAUGUGCUAGUCGAGUCACACAAUGGAACCCUCUAUGAGAAUUCAAUGGCAGACGACGAAUCCGUUCUUGAAGAGUACGGGGUGAUGGACAACCCAGCAUCAGUAUGUCUAGAUGGUGCGAAAAGAGAUCGACUCAUCUGGUCAGGCGAUUUUGCACAUACCCAUCGCGUCGUCAGUGCCAGUACAUACCGACCAGACUUUAUCAGGGGCACGUUAAGUUUCCUCUUUGAACGGCAGGAAGUAUCUGGGCCAAUGGCGGGAUUAUUUGCCAUGUCGCCGGCGAUGGGGCAGUCAGCGAAAUAUACAUCGGUGUACAAAUCCUACGGCCUACUAGACUACCAGAUGCUGCUGCUUAAUAGUUUUGCGCGGUACUAUCUGGAAUCUGCGGAUAUUCAAUUUGUCAGGAAAUGGUGGCCUAAAGCUAGAGCUGGUCUGGCGGCUCUCCUACCACUCGUUGAUAAGUCCUCUGGACUUGCUACGUCUUCACUAGGUGCAUUCUUUCUUGGGGAGGGAAACGGCACCGCUGCGUCCGCACUGUUUGCAUACACCCUUAAAGAUAUGGCCAACCUGGCUGAUGCUGUAGGAGAGCACAAUACAUCAACUCAUUGGAAAAAUACAGCAACGAAUAUCUCCCGCGCAGUUAACAACAAACUCUGGAAUGAGAAUAUCGGGACGUACAGUUCCAGCGUCGCCUCCAUGAAUGAAUCAUCCUACAUCGGAACAGCAUGGGCCAUCCUAUCCGACACAGCCAAUAUCUCCCAAGCGACCUCGUCAAUCGCAGCCCUUUCAUCCCUCCGUUUGGGAAUCGGCUAUAAACUCAGCACAGACAUGGCCGACACCGACCCGGAAACGAAUCUCUCGCCGAAUCUGUCCGGGUUCCUCCUCGAGGCUCUAUUCAGUCAUGCCCGAUAUAACCCUGAUAAAGCCACAACGGACACGAUAGAUUUCUUGCUAAAUGGCCUGUGGGCGGCGAUGGUCGACCAGGAUGAGUACUAUACCGGGACGUCAUGGGAAUAUGUCUAUCCCGACGGACGCCCGGGAUUGGAUCUGUUUACCUCGCAUGCGCAUCCGUGGGGCGGUGCGCCGACGUACAUCUUCUCAGAGUAUGUUCUUGGUGUGCAGCCGACGAAACCUGGGUUUGAGGAGUGGUUGUUUCGGCCUGUUAUUGUGGACGGGCUUACGUGGGCGAGGGGUAGGGUUCCGACGCCGCGGGGUCGUAUCGAGGCGGAGUGGGAGUUGGAUGGGAUGAGUCUUGUUUUAAAGGUCCGAGCCCCGGGGGGAACGAAGGGGGUUGUCAGUAUACCUCUGGCUGCGAGAGGAUGUCGGAUAACUGGCGAUGGACAUCAGGAUUAUUGUGGCGGAGAAGGGGUGCGUGUGGUUGUUGGGGAAUCGGCGUCUAUCGAUGUCUCGUUGGUGUAG